UCUCAUUGCUGACUCAGUUCGUGAUUUUGAAAUAAUGCAAAUCGCUAAAGUAAUCACUUUGCUGCUGAUUUUGUGUAUCCCAAAAAGUCAGAGUACCCUGAACCUCAAAUUUGACGGAUUUUUCAAUUUUAAUUACGGGCAUUUGGAAACUUCCCAUGAGAAUCAUGCAACAAACCAAGAAGAAUCCUACGAGGAAACUUCCAGUCAAUUGAGUUUUCCAGAAAACUCAUCGGAGGAUACAGAGCAUACAGAGGAUCUUCCCAUUGAAGAACCUCCCAUGGACGUAUACGACCAAUUCAGUCCCAGAGUUCUGGUCUCAGGAAGUCUCGAUCAUCCCAUCGAUACGAGAGGUCCUGGAUGCCACGCAGCAGCCGCAGGAGAACCCCAAAUGAAGCCAAUUAGUUGACGUAAUGCUAACGACAAUCAUGAGGAUGGAGCAUGCUGAUGGAGCUGGAGCUGGAGAUGGUGCUGGUGAUGGUGGAGCUGGGGAACCGAGCACCAAGUGCAGGUGCUUCUAUAAAUGGGGAAAGAGGAGCAGACACUUUUUGAACUGCCUGCGAAAGGAAACAUUUGAAGCCGAGCCACGACGACGAGGGCACACUGAAAGAAAUCUUGAGUUCAAUAUAUGAAAUGAUACCAAUAUUCAGCGCCACUGUGCCAUUAGCUGUAAGGAGUUCUACUUUCCUUGAGUUCGAAAAGAA